AUGUGCAGAACAGCCAUAUUCGAUCACGCCCGAGAAGGACAAGACUGCACCCACAACCACAGCACCUGGACCAUAAUCUUUCUCUGUUCUCUCUGCCCUGAACGGGCCGAACGCGGCCAUCUCAGAAGCGCCCGCUUGAUUUUCUCCACCGAACCCCAGGUCCUCUUCUUCUUACGUGCCGCCAACGACACCACUCCUUCCUUCCCCGGCUGGGACAUCACACUCUGUCCGAACUGGAAUGUGCAGAACAACAUACGCGAAGAAAUGACAUUCAGCUGUUGCCCGAACUGCAUGCGGUCCAAGUUGGGAUUUGGGGAGUAUAUUGGCGCUGUACCGUUUCUCUUUGAGCUCAAAGAGGAGAUGGAGCAGCUUGAGGACUGGCUGUUUGGGGGAGGGGCGGUGGGGUCGUUAUUGGGUGAUGCAGUGAAUUAUACAUGGUGCCAUCCUUGGGAAACGGGGUUUCUGAAUGGGGUUCAGAAUGGAGGGCAGAAUGGAGCCUAG